AUGUCAUUUAAAACAGCAUCUUUCAUGAAAUGGCAUGUCGAGGGUCAUACUAAGGAUGGUCGCAUAAGACAUCCUGCAGAUACUCCGGUUUGGCAAUCAUUUGAUUACCAAAAUCCCGAAUUUGCAAAAGAUCCUCGUAAUGUCAGAUUGGGUUUAGCUUCUGAUGGAUUUAAUCCAUUUAAAUCUAUGAAUGUGAACCAUAGUACAUGGCCGGUAGUACUGAUGCCUUAUAAUUUGCCACCAUGGAUGUGCAUGAAGCAGCCAUACUUUAUGUUGUCACUACUCAUUCCUGGCCCAUAUGCACCUGGGAAUAACAUUGACGUUUACCUUCAACCUCUUAUAGCUGAGUUGAAGGAAUUGUGGGAUGUAGGUAUGACUACUUAUGAUGCAUCAUCAAAGGAAAAUUUUCAGAUGCAUGCUGCUUUACUUUGGACCAUUAGUGAUUUUCCUGGUUAUGCUAAUUUAUCUGGUUGGAGUACUAAAGGUUAUUUAGCAUGUCCAGUAUGUCAUAAGCACACCGUUUCACACCAUUUAAGACAUGGUUCAAAACAAUGUUACAUGGGUCAUCGGCGAUUUCUGGAAAAGGAGCAUCCAUAUCGAAAAGAUAAACGUCACUUUGAUGGAAAAAAAGAACAUGGAGUUGCACCACCUCGCUUGACAGGUGAUAUGAUCUUGGAGGAGUUGAGGUCUUAUAAAAUCAAAUUUGGGAAGGCAGUCAAUGAUAACCCUGAAUUACCCUUUAACUGGAAGAAACAAAGCAUUUUUUUUGACUUGCCAUAUUGGAAGAACAAUUUGUUACGUCAUUGUCUUGAUGUCAUGCAUAUUGAAAAAAAUGUAUGUGAGACAAUAGUUAGAACAUUAUUGAAUGUGGAUGGCAAGUAUGAUAACCUUGGUGUACGGCAUGAUUUGGAAGAAAUGGGCAUACGAGCAGGUCUUCAUCCUAUUACAGAUGAGUUUGGGAGAGCAUACUUGCCUCCAACAUGUUUCUAUUUGGAUAAGAAGGAGAAAGAGUUAUUCUGUAAAAUUCUGAAAAAGGUUAAAGUACCGGAUGGUUAUUCAGCCACAAUUUCAAAGUCCGUGCAUUUGAAACCUUCCAAGCUAACCGGACUUAAGAGUCAUGACAAUCACAUAUUAUUGCAGCAACUGUUACCACUCUGUUAUAGAAAACUUCUUCCAAAAUCGGUGCGGUCUCCGUUGAUAAAGCUGUCCAAAUACUUUAGAGAUUUAUGUUGUAAAGCUCUUUGUCCUCGGGAACUGCUUCGUAUGGAAAAGGAAAUUGCUGUUGUACUAUGCCAGUUAGAGCGCGUGUUUCCACCAUCUUUUUUUGUUAUAAUGGUGCAUUUGACCACUCAUUUAGCAACCGAAGCAAGGAUAGCUGGUCCAGUACAUUAUCGUUGGAUGUAUCCGAUUGAAAGGUACCUAUGCACUUUGAAAAAUUAUGUACGAAAUAGAAGUCGGCCUGAAGGUUCAAUUGCAGAGGGGUACCUAGUUGAUGAGUGCUUGACAUUUUGCUCUCUCUACUUGUCUGAUGAAGUGACAACUAAGUUCAAUCGAUCAAGUAGAAAUGAAGAUGGAGGUGAAAGUUCAACUGAAGGACUUGAGAUUUUUUCUAUACAAGGUCGGCCAUUAGGAAAAGGAAAUUCAGUUGUAAUGGAUGAUGAAACCAUAAAAAAGGCACAUCAAUAUGUGAUAUUCAAUUGUGAAGCCAUGGAUCCAUAUAUCAACCAACAUCGUAAAUUGGUUGAAGAGCAGCAUUUGCGUAGUUCAAAACAUGAAAAGGAGCGGAUUCAUAGUGAGACAUUUGCAAAUUGGUUUGACAGCCAUGUGGAUGAUUUUCUACCCGAGAAUGAAGUUAUCUCAAAAGAUUUGAGAUUAUUGGCCAAGGGUCCAAAUGUUGUGGGUUUGAAGUAUGAGAGAUACAUUGUGAAUGGUUUUAGAUUUCAUACAAAAUAUUUGGAGAGCAAAAGAAAAAAUCAGAAUAGUGGGGUGAUUGUUACUGCAAUAACAUCAAGUUUCGCAAGCACCAAGGAUAUGAAUCCGGUUUCAAGUGACUUGGCCUAUUAUGGUGUCUUAAAGGAUAUUCUGGAAUUGGACUAUGGUGGAGGUCGAAGAGUGGUUUUGUUUGACUGUGAUUGGGUCUCUAAGGGGAAACGAUUGAAACAAGAUGAUGAUGGGUUUACACUUGUGAAUUUUAUGAAUGUGAAGCGCCACCAUGAACCCUUCGUUCUUGCAUCCCAAGUGAAACAAGUAUUUUACGUGGAGGAUCCUUUGGAUAAGGGGUGGAAUGUUGUUAUUCCAACUGUACCACGAGAUGAUUUGAAGAUGGAUCCCAUAGAUGUUGAGAUGUACUUGCAAAGUCAGCCUUCAAGUAGUCAUCAAAGAGAUACAUUUGAUGAUAUUAAUUGGGUUCGAGAAGGUGUCAUAGGAGAAAUAGUUGAUACUACUAGAGUGGCAUCUAGUUCCAAGGGAUGA